AUGGCUGAGACCGCUCCCGCCGCCGCUGCUGAGACUGCGCCCGCAGCCCCGGGCCCCGCCGCCAAGGCCGCCGCUAAGAAGCCGAAGAAGGCGGCGAGCGGCUCCAAAGCCCGCAAGCCCGCGGGGCCCAGCGUCACCGAGCUGAUCACCAAGGCCGUGUCCGCCUCCAAGGAGCGCAAGGGGCUCUCGCUCGCCGCGCUCAAGAAGGCGCUGGCCGCCGGCGGCUACGAUGUGGAGAAGAACAACAGCCGCAUCAAGCUGGGGCUCAAGAGCCUCGUCAGCAAGGGCACCCUGGUGCAGACCAAGGGCACCGGCGCCUCCGGCUCUUUCCGGCUCAACAAGAAACCCGGAGAAGUGAAGGAAAAAGCCCCCAAAAAGAAAGCUUCGGCAGCUAAGCCCAAGAAGCCGGCUGCCAAGAAACCCGCCAGCGCUGCUAAGAAGCCCAAGAAGGCCGUGACAGCGAAGAGCCCUAAAAAAGCCAAGAAGCCAGCAGCCAAAAAGGUAGCCAAGAGUCCUAAGAAAGUGACAAAGGCUGCUAAGCCCAAAAAAGCGGCGGCAGCAGCGAAGAGCCCGGCUAAGGCAAAAGCGGUGAAGCCUAAAGUAGCCAAGCCAAAAGCUGCAAAGGCAAAAGUGGCCAAGGCAAAGAAGGCAGCGCCCAAGAAGAAGUAAGGCUUUCAAAGAAGUCUUGCUCUACAUUUAAACCCAACGGCUCUUUUAAGAGCCACCCAAGUUUUCCUGAAAAGUGCUGAAAUCAUACAGUUAAGUGUUCACAUAGAAAAUUUUUUUUAUUAAGUGUGGAGUUGAUUUGUAAGAGUUACACAAAUUCAUGAUUUUUAAAGGUCAAAUAGGGGUGAAACUGUUCAUGAAACACGAUAGUUGUGAAAUUUUGAUGGAUGGCAUUGAGAGCAAUUUCAAUGCCUAGUGGUGCAGUUUCUGUUUCAACCUGGGUACUUAGAGAAGGAAGGAUGGUCAAAGAAGGGGCGCUAAUAAAAACUUAU